AACCCUCCCACCGCCAGAGUGCAACCACUCCAGUGCCCCUCCACCCAAGCCCGAGAGCGCGUGAGGGUUCGCCCCUCCUCUUUUACUCCCCGCCUCCCCUCGCCAGCUUUUUCUUUUUGCAAACAUUCGAUGCAAGGGGGGGAGGGGAGAGUCGCGGCUGGCUGGCUUUGCAUGCAAAAAUGCACUCCUGCAUGCCAUAAACAAGAAUAAUAACAAGAAGAAUAAAGGCGGAGGAGGAGGAAAAAAAGGAAUCGAGGCGUUUCCUUACCCGCUUCCCUUCCCUGCCCCCUCCGCUUGGAUGGGCAGCCUGAGAGCGGGAGGCGGCGGCUGGAGCUGGAAGCGGGCCGUUUGCAAGAGGAUGGGAGGACCGGGGGCAGCAGACGGUGGUCUGGAGCGGUGCUGAGGCCAGGCAGGAUUGCACCCCGUUUUCCUGGCGGCGUUGGCGUUGUUGUUGGGGAGGAAUCGAAUUGCCUGUCUCGGGGAGACCGGCGCGCUCUCCAUUCCUGCGCGCAAACGCCAGCCCCAUUGCGCCCCGGCUUUCUCCCUUUCUGGAUUCAUUCUUCCUCCUGCUGGGGGCGAUGAAGCGGCGGCGGCGGCAGCAGCAGCAGCAGCAUGGCUUUCCUUCGGCAGCAGCCCCGGCUGGCCCACGCCAGGAGCAGCCCGAAGGCUUGGAGGAAGCGGCGUGAAACCUUGGGACGCGGGCCGGGCGCGAGGCAGGCGGUGCAGAUCUCGGCUCUCCGGAGCGCGUCGCCCGUUUCUUCCUGUCUCGUCUUCCCUCGAGGCCGACCGGCCUUGACAGCUGGGAUUUUUCUCUCUCAUCCGCUUCGCUUCUCUCUCUCUCCUCCCAAUUCCUGACAACCUCUUCAGCUGGACGGAUUGAAGUUCAGGGGCGGCGGUUGCAAGUCUCGCUCCGGAUUAUCAACUCACGCCGGUGCGCAUACACCCCCCCUUCCUCUCUCUCCAACCCCUUUUCCUCCUUUCCUUCGCUCCGGGUUUGCCUUUGGAACAUCGGGAUGUCCAUCUACUCCCGUUGCUCCGGAUUGCUCGCGAGGAGGUUUGUGUGGCCUGGAAGGCAGAUGAAAGGAAUUGGCUCCUUGGCCGUUUCAACGCUUGGUUUUUAAAGGAUCCUUUUUACACAUCCAGAGAGAGAGAGAGAUUUAUGCAAAGAGAACAAGCUUGCGCAUCGUGUUUUUGUGUUUUGGUUCCUUCCUCUUUUAAAAUAUUGGACCCAAGUUGGAAGGGAACUGCGCCGAUUUUCUCUGGGCUUGUUUUUUGGACCUUCUUCCCCCCCUUUUUUUUUCCUGGAUAAGCAACGCCAUGUCGGCUAAAGAGAAUCCCUGCAGGAAAUUUCAAGCCAACAUUUUUAAUAAAAGUAAAUGCCAGAAUUGUUUUAAGCCUCGGGAGUCGCACCUGCUCAAUGAUGAAGAUUUGAACCAGGCCAAGCCUAUUUAUGGUGGAUGGCUCUUGCUGGCUCCAGAAGGCACUGAUUUUGACAAUCCUGUGCACCGCUCUCGGAAAUGGCAACGGCGGUUCUUCAUCCUCUACGAGCACGGCCUCCUCCGCUACGCCUUGGACGAAAUGCCCACCACCUUGCCACAGGGCACCAUCAACAUGAACCAGUGCACGGACGUCGUGGAUGGGGAAAGCCGGACCGGGCAAAAGUUCUCCCUCUGCAUCUUAACCCCUGAGAAGGAGCACUUCAUCCGGGCUGAGAACAAGGAGAUCAUCAGCGGGUGGCUAGAGAUGUUGGUUGUCUACCCAAGGACGAACAAGCAGAAUCAAAAGAAGAAAAGGAAAGUGGAGCCCCCAACUCCACAGGAACCCGGCCCGGCAAAGAUGGCUGUGACCAGCAGCAACAUCCCCAGCGCAGAGAAGAUCCCAACCACCAAGUCGACCCUUUGGCAGGAAGAAAUGAGAAGCAAAGACCAAACUGAUGGCAAUGGGGGCAUCAGCCCAGCCCCGAGCCCUGUGCAAGGCCAGCCUCCCCCAGGCUGCUCCCUGAAGGAACUGACGCUGGAAAGCAAAGAAGAUGAGAGCGCCAUGAACGGGGACCGAAACGACGGUGGACGGAAGACACGCGUAGAGAGCGGCUACUUUUCCUUGGAGAAGGCAAAGCAAGAUGGAAAGCCGGAAGAGCAGCAAUUGCCGACCCCACCGUCCCCUCCCAGCCCUGGCACCCCUAACAACAGGUACAGUGACCCCCAAUUGCCCUCUCUGGAGCAGAGCCGCCCUUUUCCUUCCCCAGGUCCCCAGCCAGGGAGUCGAAUGGUUUACAGCUUCUCUCUCAGUUCUCUGGACCCGACACACGACUCUUCCUCCACGCCCAAGGACUCCACGGUCAGAGAGGGGGCGAGGGGAGCGGAGAGACCUGGCUGCCCCCUGUCCUUUAAAGCCAGCCGGCAGUACGCCACCCUGGCCGACAUCCCCAAGGCCAUUAGGAUCAGUAACCGGGAGGCCUUCCAGGCGGAGCGGAAGCAGAUCGAGUGGAGGGCCCGGGCCCGCAGCCCAGGGCGGGAAGAAGUGGCUCGGCUCUUCGGCAACGAAAGGAGGCGCUCCCAGGUAAUUGAGAAAUUUGAGGCGUUAGAUAUUGAGAAUGCUGAACACAUGGAGAUCAGUGCCUUCUCUGGGCCCGCCCUCUCCAGCGAGACUCGGCAGGGCAGAAGUGAGAAGAGGGUUUUCCCCAGGAAACGGGACUUUGCUGCCGAAACGGCCACUGGCUCCAUCCUGGAUGCGUCGACUUCUCUUCUGUCCCCCCAUCGUAGAGCCAAAUCACUGGACAGAAGGUCUACAGAGUCCUCCAUGACGCCUGACCUGCUGAACUUCAAGAAGGGAUGGCUGACCAAGCAGUAUGAGGACGGGCAGUGGAAGAAACACUGGUUUGUGUUGACGGAUCAAAGCCUGAGAUACUACCGGGAUUCUGUGGCAGAGGAGGCAGCUGAUUUGGAUGGGGAAAUUGACUUGUCGACAUGUUUUGAUGUCACGGAAUACCCUGUCCAGCGGAACUAUGGCUUCCAGAUCCACACUAAAGAAGGAGAGUUCACCCUCUCUGCCAUGACUUCGGGCAUUCGUCGGAACUGGAUCCAGACGAUUAUGAAGCACGUUCGCCCCACCACAGCUCCAGAUGUGACCAGCUCUUUGCCAGAGGAGAAAAGCAAAACUAGCUCAUCCUUUGAGGCCUGUCCCAAAGGAAGUGAGAAGCAGGACACUGAGCAAGCCGAGGUUGACCCUGAACACAAGCGCAGCCGCGCCCGGGAGCGCAGGCGAGAGGGUCGUUCUAAAACAUUUGACUGGGCUGAGUUCCGCCCCAUCCAGCAAGCCCUGGCGCAGGAGCGAGCCAGCGGGGCAGAGGCUUCCAAAGGCAGUGCCGCGCCUUUCCCCAAGGAGCCUGGUGCCUCCGAUGAGGACCCUGGGGAACUUGAGAGAGAACGUGCCCGGCGGAGAGAGGAGAGGCGCAAGCGCUUUGAGAGCCUGGAUGCCGCUGAUGGAGGAGGCCCAGAAGACUUCUCCAGGAUGGAGGUGGACAGGCUCCCGGGGUUGCCCCUCACUUCGGAAACCAAGCCACAGAGUGUUCACGUGGAGAUAGAGCAGCGGUGGCACCAGGUAGAGACAACCCCUCUGCGGGAAGAGAAGCAAGUCCCCAUCGCCCCUUUGCACCCUGCACACUCAGACGACAGCAGUGAGACACUCCACAAGCAGCACCUCACCACACUCCUGGAGAAGGAGCUGGAGCAGAGCCAGAAGGCAGCCUCGGAACUACUGGAGCAGAACCGCGUCCUGCAGGACCAGCUGAAAGUAGCCUUGGGCCGUGAGCAGAGUGCCCGGGAAGGCUACGUCCUGCAGACUGAGGUGGCCACAUCCCCAUCGGGGGCCUGGCAGAGGCUCCAUAAAGUCAACCGAGACCUCCAAAGUGAGCUGGAAGCCCAGUGUCAGCGCCAGGAGCUGAUCAACCAGCAGAUCCAGUCCCUUAAGCGCAGCUAUGGAGAGGCAAAGGACGUCAUCCGGCACCACGAGGCGGAGAUCCAAAGCCUGCAAGCCAGACUGAGCAAUGCUGCCGCAGAGCUCUCCAUCAAAGAGCAGACUCUGGCGAAGCUGAAGAGUGACUUGAAGGCUGAGAAGAAGAAAGCUCAGGAGCAGGUGGGUGAGUGGCAGCACAGCGGAGCCGCCCUGAGCUCCCAGCUGAAAGCCAGCGAGCAGAAGCUGAAGAGCGCCGAAGCGCUCCUGUUGGAAAAGACCCAAGAGCUGCGGGAUCUGGAGACGCAGCAGGCUUUGCAGCGGGACUGCCAGAAAGAAGUGCGGCGGCUGCAGGAUCGGAUUGCUGACCUGAGCGAGCAGCUGAGUGCCAGUGAGCAAUCUCAGGUGUUGAUGGAAGAGAAGCUCCAGAGGAAUUACGAGGCCUUACUAGAGAGCUGUGAGAGGGAGAAGCAGGUUUUGAUCCAGAGCCUGAAAGAAGCCGAGGAUAAAGCUAGCGAGUGUGAGGAUCAGCUUCAGAAUCAUGAGCAGCAGAUAGAAGUCCUGCAGAAAGAGAAACUGACUGCCACAUUCGAAAGCGGGGAAAUUGUCCAUCAGCUGGAAGAGCAGCUAGAAAUGAAGGAAGCCAGCAUCCGGAAGCUCACUGAGCACAUAAAGAGCCUUGAGGAAGAAAGGGAUCGGAUUAAGUGCCGGUUCCAGGAGCUGAUGAACCAAGUUGCAGAGUCGGAUAAUGAGGUUGGCAAGUUGCAAGCCAAGCUGCAACUGGAAGAGAGCAACUACCACACUCUAGAGUGCUCCUACAAGGUGGUGUCAGGGCAGUUCCAGAACUUGCAGGCGGUCCUGAAAGAAAAGGAAGAGGAGUUAAGGGUGGUGAGGGAAGCCCACUUGAGAGUUGUUGAGAAGAAGGACCAGGAGUUUGGCCAGCCUUUUGUAAAAAUGGCUACUGCAAGUAGCAAUCUAGAGAAAAUGAAAGGAAAUCAGCAAACCAAAGGAGAUGUGUUAGAAACAUCAGCUGAUGAGAGUUUAGCACUAUGUGUUGUGACAGACAUAGCUGAUGCUGGUCAAGUUGUGGAGCCAGCACAACAUGCAGAGAUUCAAGGAAGACUUCCAGUCAUAAAUUGCAUGCUCACUGAUGAUCAGAGCCUCAAUACCAGCCACGGGCAGAUAGACAAACAUUCAGCAAUGAACAUAGAAGAGUGUAAGUCUACAGCAAAGCCUGUAGACCUUCAAGAGAGGGAGAUCUGUCAGAAGGACUCUGCAAAAACUGAUACAGAAAUCCCAGGAGCCAAAAGGCAAAGGAUACGUUUCGCCAACAUUCAGUGCCAGAAAUAUAUUCACCCCGAUGGGUCAGACAAGACUUGGACCAGCAGCACUUCAUCAGACACGAGCCAAGACAGGUCAUUUUCUGAGGACAGCAUGUCAUUGGAACCAGCUCCAAGUUACCCAGCCUCAGGGGAUUCUGAGACUUACCUGACUAUCAUCCACGCCCUGGAAACCAAACUUUACAUCACAGAAGAAAAGCUCAAAGAUGUAACCAUGAAACUUGAAAGCCAACAUGGUCAUAAUCAAGAUACUCUCAUCACACUUCAUCACCAGUGGGCCAGCACAGAAGCACAGCUUAGGGAACAACUUCAGGAUAGCUUGACUCAAGUCAGCAUGCUGGUUUCGCAGUUGGAAAACGAGAAGCAAGAAAAAAUCAAGCUGAUUGAGAAUCAUAUCCAUAAGCUGGGAGGGUUCCAUGGGAGAAACAAACAAGCCUUGAUGUGCUUAAAGCAAUGCAGAGAACAGCUAAGAACUUUGCCCAGAUCUGACAAGGGAAAAGAGAGAGAGAUGUUUCUGGGUGCCCUAUCCGGCAUAGAAACUACUUUAUCUGAUGCGGUCCUUGUGUUAGAACAGACGCUUUCAUUGCCUGACCACCAUCCAAAAGAAUGGUCUACAACCCAAGCUUUGCAUCCGGAAAUCAGCUGCCUGGGGGAGGAGAAAGCGUUUCUCCAGCAGCAGCAGCAAAUGGACUUUUCUGAACAAGACCAGUUGAGGUUGCUUUCCAGGAGGGUGGCCUUUGAAGCCUGCUUGAUCAACCAGAUAGCAGAGUCUCUGAGAGAUGCAACUUCCAAGAUUUCUUUAGCCUUUAGAGAGAUUCACGGUACAGUGGAUGCAGUCUUGUUAGAGCCUUCAAAUAUUUCACAUACCGCAGUGGCCUUGGCUGACAUCUUAUCUAAACAGCUGGUGUUGGAAGAUGAGUUUUGGAGCCAUGUAGAGGAAUUAAGGAAGCAUUUGAGUGCCAAGGAAGAAGAUGGUAAGAGGAAGGAGGAGAGCCAGAGUUUAACUGUCCCACAAUGUCUCAUUCAUUCAGUGGCAGAUAAUACACUGAUUAAAUCAGAGCUGAGUUUUGUUGCACAGAAAAUGAGAGAGUCCUUUCAUCAGAGAUUAAAGGCCAUUGAAGAAGACCUCCACAACACCAGAACAGCCCUUCAGCAACAUAAGUGCAUGUUGGAGGAAAUCAUUAAAGCAUACAGGACUCCUGAAUUUGAUGGGGUUAUGCAUCAGAUUUCCAAAGCCCUUGAAAUCCAAGAGGGAAGUUCAGAAAAUGUUCAGUCAGCUUGGGAUGUGACCCUUCAUGACUGCAUGCCAGAAGCCCACACUUUGCAGGAUCUUAGCAGUCAAGCUCUGGCUGCUGUUCAGGAUGAACUUGCUGAGCAGCUCAAAGACAGAGCAAAUGUCCUGAAAGAAAUAUCCAUUGCUCUCCUGUCUCUGUGCCCUGAAGAUGCCCUGAAAGAUUGCCACAAGCUCCUAAAGAUUUCUUGCAGUCCUCCCUACGAUACGUGUAUGGGGGAUCUUGAACGUUACUCCUCUCUACUAGUUCAAGAUGCAAUUAUCCAGGCCCAGGUAUGUUAUGGGGCUUACAGAGCAAGGUUGGAGUAUGCAAAGCAGGCAAGGCUAUACAAAGAGUCCCUGCACAAUGUAGAUGCUCUGUGUCAGGAACGCAUAAGGGCAGUUGCUGCCCUCAGAGAGGAGUAUGAAGAACUGCUGCGAAAACAGCAGAGCAGAUAUGCUGAGAUGAUUGCUGUGCUCGAAAGAGAGAAUGCAGACCUCAGAGCCAAAGUCGAGCAGUUUGAUAAUCAGCGGAAACUCCUGGAAGAGGAGGAACAUAAGCAGAGCAAAAAAAUGCUGGAGCUUCAGGGCACAUACGAAGAGGAGAUCCGGAAUGUGGUUGAGCAGUUAAACAAGACUGAAGACAUUCUGAACGCAGAACGAACUGAAGGGCUUCACCGACUAGAUGCCCUUGUGCGAGACAAGCAGAACUUAGAAAGGUACCACCUUGAGCAAAUUCAGACCCUGGAGGACAAGUUCCAAGUCCAGAUGAAAGAACUGCAGGCCCUCCACAAUGAGGAACUGCAGACCUUACAGGAGCACUACAAGCAGGACCUGCAGCGCUUGCAAGAAUCUUUGGAUGAGUACCGGAAGCCGCACCCAGAAGCGCUGCCCAUUGUAGCAUCAGGCGCAGGAGAAGCAUGGGCUGUAGAUCAGCUGGACAGCGGGAUGCAGGCUUCGGAGAGCGAGCUGAACGCCGUGCAUGGUCUGAGAGAGCGCAUUCAAGAGCUGGAAGCCCAAAUGAACAUCAUGAGAGAUGAGCUGGAGAACAAGCACCUUGAGGGGAAUGCGUCUACUCUGAGGGAGAAAUACCAGAAAGAUUUUGAGAAUCUUAAGGCCACGUGUGAACGUGGGUUUGCUGCUAUGGAAGAGACUCAUCAGAAAAAGAUAGAGGACUUGCAAAGGCAGCAUCAUCGAGAGCUGGAGAAGCUGCGGGAGGAGAAAGAUCGCUUGCUAGCAGAGGAGACGGCAGCUACCAUCUCAGCUAUAGAAGCCAUGAAGAAUGCCCACCGGGAGGAGCUUGAGCGGGAGCUGGAAAAGACCCAGCGCUCGCAGAUUAGCAGCAUCAACUCGGACAUCGGAGCACUCCAGAGGCAAUACCUGGAGGAGCUGCAGUCUGUCCAGCGUGAACUUGAAGUUCUCUCAGAGCAGUAUUCUCAGAAGUGUUUGGAAAAUGCUCACUUGGCCCAGGCCCUGGAAGCAGAGAGGCAGGCCCUCCGUCAGUGCCAACGGGAGAACCAAGAGCUCAAUGCGCACAACCAGGAGCUGAACAACCGCCUGGCUGCAGAGAUCACGCGAUUACGGACCCUGCUGACUGGGGAGGGUGGAGUAGAGACGGCUGGCUCUCCUCUCACCCAAGGCAAGGAUGCCUACGAGUUGGAGGUCUUGCUGAGAGUCAAGGAAUCGGAAAUACAGUACUUGAAGCAGGAAAUCAGCUCCUUGAAGGAUGAACUGCAAACAGCAUUGAGGGACAAGAAAUAUGCCAGUGAUAAGUACAAAGACAUCUACACAGAGCUCAGCAUCGUGAAGGCCAAAGCGGACUGCGACAUCAGCAGGUUAAAAGAGCAGCUCAAGGCAGCCACCGAAGCCCUUGGUGAAAAGUCCCCAGAGAACACCACAGUGUCUGGAUAUGAUAUCAUGAAAUCCAAAAGCAACCCUGAUUUCUUGAAGAAAGACAGGACCAGUGUUGGGCGGCAACUAAGAAAUAUCAGGUCAAAGAGUCUGAAGGAAGGCCUGACAGUGCAGGAGCGUCUCAAGCUCUUUGAAUCCAAGGACUUGAAGAAAGAAUAGUUCUCUCCUUCCUAUUCAGCUUGACCAUAUGCAUCUCCUUGCUUGUGGCAUCACAGCACAAGCACCCUUGUUUUUUGUUCUCUAGGAUCCUCGUUGCUGUUGCUUCUGUAUGGUUUUUUUGUAUGGAUGCUCCAGAAGAUAAGACUGAAAAAUGCCGGCAGUUCUUCUGUAUACCAUCAAAUGGACUCCCCAACUACUAGCCCUGACUUAGGAAGUUUGUAGUCUUGGCAAGAGAGCAGGGAAAUAUUGGGGGCACACACCCCUUUUACUCUCCACAAAUACAUCCUUCCUACUGUAAAUCUAUUACACUAAGUGUCAGUAUUAAGGCUCAACAGCCUAUUCAUAAGCUAGCUCUGUUUUACCAAAUGCUUUGGUAUAGUAACAGGGCCCUGGAAGGGGUGGGUGGGAAGCAACACACUGUGCUUAGCUCUGCUGUUUUUGGGAGUAACCCUAGCACUUAGGAGUAUGCUUUGGGUCAAAUUUUGCACCACUGAAGCAAAACUUGCAAAACCUGUUUUAAGCCUCCUUAGUCAAGCUUGACUGUUGCAAGAACAACAAAAGAUUGGCUUACUGUUACAGAAAGAGACAUUUGCAACAGUCCUGAUUUGUAUCUUGUUUAGUUUAGCUGUGUGGUCGAAUUUGGAAUUUCCCCCCUUCAUUUAGCUUAGAAUCCUACUGAAAACCUUUUAUUUAGUUGGUUUGCAGAUAGAUUACAGGCAUUGAGGAGUCAAAGACUCCCUCUAAAAUUAAUUAGUGUAACAAAUGUACAGGCUCUUGGAGGAAUGUACCCAUUAAGAUCACCAGUGAAUAGUGGCCUCCUCCUAUCCACACUUCAGGGCAAGGUCAUGCCAGAAACCACCCUUUCUUCCAGUUUCAGUGGGAUGCAUCUGCCUAUGUGUACAUAGCGCAAUAUGGCUAAAAAUUUUCUCCCAUCAAAUCUGUCAAACAAAAGUUCUGUCCAGACAUUGAGAAAUUUUUUUUCCCCUUAAGAAAUGUUUUACAAUCCUUACGCUGGUCCUCUGGAAGCAGGAGGAUAGCUUCCAACAUGUAAUCAGUGGGAAUGAUACAAACUCUACAUUGCAGGGCUCAUUACAAAGCAGGUAAGACUUGGCAUGCUUGGCAUGCAAGAGGUGUUUGGAGAUCAGGUCAGAUCAGUCUCUCAAGCAGAGGUAACGUCAGAAAUGGAGGCUUGCCCUUUAUAUUGACUUAAUGGGUCUCAAAACAGUUUAAGGAAAGAGUCUUCUGCAUGUUCGUGUAAGUUGGAAGCAUCUGCAUGUGGAAAUUCAGUUGCAAGAUGUCAGUGGAGAGGUCUUGAACAGCAGGGGAAUGAUAAACUUAAAAUGGCAUGUCAAAAUUUCAAGAUUUCUGUGCCAUUAUUUGUCUGCAACAAAACAGUUGUAUAGACCCGUUUGACACACACACACACACUGGGCCCAAUGACAUAGGCAGUGAAUAUUUGAUAUAUUGGGUUUUAGAGCCAAUGGUUUUUCCCCCCAAACAGAAAUAGAGAUGCUUUGAACAAUGCAUGUGAUUUUUUUUUUUUAAAGUAGAUGAGCAUUGCUCUGUUGAAAUACUUAUAGCUUCAGUGCCACAAAUGAAGUGCUGGGCAGUUAAUUAUACCAAACUUAUGGGCAAGGUGGCUUUGGUAUUUUAAAGUCUUACCUGCCUUUCUGAUUAUUGUAUACCCAUUCAUUCUGUAGUUUCCAGCUUGCUUGAGGCACAUUUCUGCUCUGCAAUUUAUUCAGACUAAAUAUUUUUAGCUUUUGGGCAGACAAAUCUGUACAGUGAGGCUAGGUAGAGCAACCCAUCCCUUUUGCAGUUUCAUCCUGUGUUUAAUGCCUGAUUAGAGAGACACUUUUGCAUCAGUGAAAUUGAGUAGUUUCCAAAUAAAAACUCUGGAGCAAGGCAUAUUAGGGUAAAUGAGGCCACAAUGUGCAUAUUCUUCAUGUGCCUUUAAUGUGUCAUAAUGAUGCUGUUCUGUGCACCCUUGCUGGUAAUAAUGGCUAAAGCAAAAAGGCUGUAAGCUUCUUUGCUAUUAUGCAACGUUCCUUCAAAAGCUCUUGCUAUUUUGGAACAGGGUGGGAUCCAGGGCAGAUAUUUUGCUGCUUUCUUCCUGCAGUGUCUGGCAACUUCUUUUUUAAGUCAGGUAUGAAAUGGAUAUGGUUUGGCUGGCUUUCAUUUGGUGCCCCUAGUGGUUUACCCACACCCUCAGACUGCAAAGAACUGUUAGUGUAUAAUGGGGGGAAAACAGUUUAGCAUCCUAUAGUGUGGCUAAGGGGGAAGUUGAUAUGCAUUGGAGGCAGAGUUUAACACUGACUAGGCUUUUAGCUGGGCAGAAGAAACUUGUUUUUCUUCAUGUGCCUGCAACUUAAGAAAAACCUGCCAGUGGAGCAAAUUAUCUCAUGCAAAACUGUUGCAGAUGGAUUUGGUGUUAAUCCAUAUACUUCCUUUAAAAAAAAAAAAGACAUGCCUCCUCUAAGAUCAGAAUAGCGAGUGCAUGAUAUUUAAAUUGAGGUAAAAGAGUACAGCAACCAACUUUCCUUUUGCUCAAGAAAGUCUAUACUGUUGUGACCCAGUUGCUCCAAAGCAAGUUGGCAUUCUAGUUGUCUUUCUUGAACGGCUCUUAAAGGGCACAGUAUAUACAUUGUGGGAAUAAAUAGGUAUGUUCUAUUGCAAGGUGCUGCAUUUUACACAAGCCUACACUACAAAAUAACUGUGGUCUCAGUGAAAGUUCAGCAAAGAUGGAUGUACAGUAUAAAUACACUUGCAUAAUGGCUUCUUAAAUCUUGUCUGUUGCAGAUGAUUUUUUCUUCUCUCCUUUUGAAGCAGAAUUGAGGCUUCUAUUAAUGCAAUUUGUUUUCCUUUAUCCUAUUAAAAAUGGAAAAGGAGGAAUGCUUGUGCGGAUGUGCAAAUUCCAAGCAGGCUGUUUUUCCUGUGGCAGAGGCUGCCUGCAAGUGGCCCUGUGUGCCGUUCUUAAGAUGUGUCACUUUUUGUAAUGACAACAUACUUGAUUAGAAUCCCACUGGACGUUUUGCAUUUUGGUGGCUCAUAUGCAGUACUUAGUUUGUUGUGAACACUUUAAGCACAUACACACUCAGUGUAGCUCAUCUUUCCUUUGUAAUUUUUUUCAUUUUUUUAAAAAAAGCUUUGUUAUUCUCUUUAAAAAUAAUUUAAAACCUGUAUAGUAUUCAAAGCACGCAAUGUAAAUAUUUAUUACUCAAAAAAUAGUGGAGGGUUUUUUGGGGUGAAUUUUUAAAAAUCUUGUUCUAAUACAAUGUCCUUUUGACUUGGAAAAGUAACCUGAUAAACCCACUCUAUGUCCCCUUAAAGAAUGUUUGUUGGUUUGUUUGAACAUUAUAAAUAUAUUUUUAAAUUUCUCGUGAUACCUUUUUAGUUUUGAAAAUGCCUGUCCAAAGGCCAUGUACUGUGUUUCAAAACUUUAAACUACUUACCUAUACAUUAAUUUUCUUCUUCUUUCAGUUCAAUAAUCUUAUAGCUGACAGUGGCAUAAACAACUUGGGUGUGCAUAUAUACUACAUAUGAUUGCAAAGAGUAGUCUGUCUAUAUAUUAACAGUGGUAGCUAUUCUGUUGCUAAACAUACGUCAAUAUUUUUGCAUGGUAACUUGACACUUGUGGAGUAAACAAAGGAUUUCUAUAAGGGAAUGGAGUAGAUUUUGAUUCUUGCAACCCACACAUUCUUUUCAAGUUACAUGGCAUGGUGUUGAACAGCAUGGCAGAAUAUGGUUAAUAUAGGAUGAUUAUUCAAUUUACUGUUACACUGUAUUUCAUUACAAUGUAGUUUCAACAGAGUUACAGUGCUGGGGCCAUCUUUUCUACUAGAAUAUGGAAAGGAGGUGUGAAUCCAUUACUGACUGCAUGACAUGGAGAACAAUUAUACACAUGUAAACAAACGUCUUGCUUUUCCCAGUGGUGCUUGGCAGCCUCAAGCCAUGCCUUGAAAUCUACUAGAGUAAAGGAAUGUGGGAUAGUUGACAGCAGAACCCUGUCUAGUGCCAACAGAAAUAACCCAUCUAAUCAGUGAGGAUUGAUUUAGCGUUGUCCUUUCAGCCUGCCAGUAGAAGACCAUUGCUUCUAAUCAAAUUUUAAAACAGCAACAAUUGCCUCUAAGAGAAAUAGCUGAUAGCUUCUAAGGGUGCAUUUUGUUUUUGAGUAGCAAAAGCCUGUAUUUAAUACAUUCCUCCCACAUGGAACUUGCUUGGACAAAAUGUAUGUGUGGCAAAGAAGGUGAGGCAUGCACUACACUAUUUGAGCUCACUAUUUGAGCUCUUCCUCAUGCCCACUCAACAUCAGCUAAAAGUAAUCAGAUUUUAUUGUAAACCUGCUUGAUUGACAAGCGAACCUACAGAAACAUCCUCUCCAAAGUGACCACCACCAAACUGAAUCAUAAAGUGGUCAUCCAAGCAUCAAGCAUGAAGACAAUGUUCAAUUACUACAGUCAUGCAAGAUUCAGAGGCAGAACAGCCAGGAGGUUUGGGGGGGGGGGGGCUGUGCUGCUAACCAUCAAAAUAGGAACUCGCAUGCAAGAGAAGCAGAUUUAAAUAAAACCAGUUCAAUUAGGGAGGUCUUCACAAAUCUGUCUGGCAAACAACUAUGUCCAAUCUAACUUUCUUUUUGCAAAGAAUGGUUUGCGCCGCCUCCUAUAAGUCUGAAAGGUAUCUUUCUCCGCUUGUUUUGUUUUCAUGCUUUUAAGAGCUAUUUCCUCCUUCCACGUUCCCUGUAAUAGAAGUACCACUUGUGUCACAGUAUUUAUUCCUUACAAACCUUGUGUGACAUGCUAGGGUUCCCAUGGAUGUAGCUGAUGAUUUUUUGUAAAUAUUAAUUACUUAACUAUACAUAAAACUAUAUCGUAAUAAACUAUUUUUGCACCACUCUUA